AGGAAUAAUGCAAGGUAUGCAGCUGCUCGGUGUCGCUUUUUUAAACAUUUUAAUUUUCAGGGUGAUCCAAUUACGCAGGUCCCGCAAGUCUCGAAACAAAUCGUCGAUUUACAUCGACUUUAUUUGGCUGUAAUGAAACGUGGAGGUUUUGAACAGGUUACGCGCGAUAAAACUUGGAAACAGAUUUGUUCGGAAGCGAACUCGGAAAUGUCGGAAUCAUCAGCAGCUGGCUAUCAGCUACGCAAACAUUACCAGAGGCAUCUGUUACGGCUAGAAUGCUUGGAAACGGGUAAAAAUUAUGCGGAAGUGCUUGCGUUCGCGGAACGAUUGAAAAAACGUCGAAAAGAGACGAAAGAUCAACAACAGCAACAGCAGCAGCAACAGCAACAACAACAACAGCAACAACAACAUGCGCAACAUUUUCCCGCAGCUGGUAAGUUCCCGUUUUUUUUUUUUUUUCAGGAAAAAAUGUAUGUGGCAUAAAA